ACAUGUGAAACCUGCUGAUCUCCGGCCAGUGCUCCACCACCUAAAAAUCACCAAUGUCGGUGCUAUAGUGCAAUGACGCAAAUGACCGUAUUGCCCUUCAUCUAAAAAGAAAAGUAUAAUAUUGCCCUUCCUUAGGAUCCAAGUGGCAGCCAUGAACCAAAAACGAUAGGAGUGCACAACCGACGAGGUGUUUUCGGGUGAUAAGUUUGGUGACGACGGGAGAGAGAUCAAGCGACAGAAGACGGUGGUUGCUAUAUUCUCCACUAUCUAUAACUACAUGACAGAUCAGGGUUUGAAAAUAUUUUGACAUCGGCACAUCGCGUCAUCGUUUAAUUGCCGUCAAAAUCCCAAGAUCCAACAAAAUAGGUGACAUGCAGUUAACGGAAACACUACCCGUCAUCGUCCAACUUAUCGUCAUCGUCCUAGGUUGUCGGAGACCAUGGUGAUACCUUUUCCGCCUCCCGAUCUGUUCACCACCUUUAGAAAUGGGGAGUCAACCGUAACUUACCACUCCAGCCUGAGAGACAUGGCGGUUGGAAAUACAUGAAACCCUAAUGUACGUAUGAGUGAAAUUGUGAUAAGGAGAAGUGGAGAAAGUGUUUUUAGGUUUGUACGCUUGGAUAUAUGCGUUGUAUUCACUUUAGUGUUAUACAUUUUGAUUAUUUUUAGUAAACCUCAAUUUACAACCUUGUGGUUCAGGGGAAAAUCAAUUCAGGUCACCUUAAGAAACUUCUUGCUGUCUAUAACCUCCACAUUUGAAAAGCAUUACAUAAUACAACCUUUUGUGAGUUGACUGUUACCAUGAAGGGUAUUUUUGUAAUCUUGGCACAAAGCCGUAUUCUAAUUGUAUACAACCCCUAACCCCCCAAUCUUUUAUCGACCUUGUGGUUGACCAAAAUUCGCUCCAAGUAAAGUUGUUACGGAUUGAACACUGAAUUGAAGUUGUUAAUGUUGAUCGAUGCCUGGUGGGAUGGUGGGGGGUUAGUGAUGAUGCAAAAUACUUUGACCCAUAUUCCAUUUACCUUGAUGAGCCCACGUUUUUCUCUAUGAAAAUCUUCCAUGGAGGUGAGUUCUCUACAUAUCCAGAUAGGUCAUACAUAGGUGGUAGAACACACUUCUUUGACAGUAUUGACAGGGGCGGACCCAUGUUGAUGGUAAGAUGGGUGGGCACACCCCUUGAAAAAAAUAAUAAUGUCUUUUUAGGCAAAAAUCCCUAUCACAACCCUUGAAAAUAUGGUCGAACCCCUCGUUCACACCCCUAGAAAGUAAUUUCGAGGUCCGCUACUAAGUGUUGAUGUGGAAUAUUUUGGUAUUGGUGUGUUGAAGGAAAUAGUAAAGCAACUGGGAUAUCCUUGUGAUAUAGUAUUUUAUUGUCAUUAGACUAUGGGGUAUGGGGCUUGGGUUGGGGCGUGGCCCUUGGGGCUUGGGUUUCAAGCCGGGCGUGGGGCGGUCUGGCCAAGCUGACAUGGCGGGCUCUCACUGGACAAACCAAACUAGCCGUUGGCCAACAGCUAUCUUAAAAAAAAUUAUUUUUUUACUAUAAAACUCACAUUUUUCUUCCAUUUUUACCACAUUCAACCACAUCUUCUCUAAUCAUCUUCAAUUCUCCUUCUAUAAAACGAAAAAAUGCAUCCUCAUAACCGUGCUUAUGACCCGAGCAACCCGUUUGCAUUCCAAGAAAAUAAUCCUAGCCCACCACCCAAUCGUCCAAUGCCUUGUCCAUUUUUCAUACACUCUUCUAUGCCCGUUGAAGCGAGUUAUGCAUCGUAUAUCGGGAAUCGUGUGUUUACUAACUUCCCACACACCGACGAUUCGAUACCUACCCCAUUUACACAAUCGCCCAUCAACCUUUCACCAACCUCCAUCGACCUCUUACAAAACGAAACCGUCCCCGAAACUCAACCACCCAACGAUGGUCCUUCCGCAUCGAAACCCAUCAAAAAGAGAAGCUAUAAGAAAAAAACCGAGGCGGAUAAAGCACUCGAAACCGUCAAACGAAAACAACUAAAAUGGACCGUUCCUGAAGAACUUGCAUUAGCGAGGGGUUGGUUUCAACAAUCUCAACAUGCAACUUUAGGAAAUUCUCAACAUCGAACCCAUUUGUGGGAAGCGGUUAGUAGAGUAUUCCAUCAAGAAUUGUGAAGGGAGACUUAUCGUGAAACCGAUAGCUUAUCCUCGAAGUGAAGCGAGAUUAGCGAGGAACUUACAAAAUAUAGUGGGUUUUUAAAUAAAGCAAAGCAAAACCCAAAAAGUGGUGAAAACGAAGCCGACAUUGUGACGAAUGCAUUGGUUCAAUUCAAAUCAAAUGUGGGACCGACUUCCGUUUCAUGCAUUGUUGGGAGAUUUGUAAGUUCCAUCCAAAGUGGGCGAAUAUCCAAAGUGGUAGCGAAAGUAACACAUCUUCCAAAAGGUCAAGGGCCUCAUCCCAAGCCCAAUCUGAUGCACGGGAUCAAGAGUUUGAGGACCUUUUGGAUGAUUCGCCAAGCCCAAACCGGCCUGAGUAUGGAAGAGAUGCCGCAAAAAGGCGUGUUCAAAAAUCAAGAUCCGGUACGGCAUCGCCUUCAGCUGGGAGUUCGGGCUCGCGUAGGGGAAUAUACAGCGAUCAGUUGGAUGACAUUGCAUGCAAGUUAGAUACAUUCAACGUCUUCCAACAACAAAGAGCAGAACAACGAAAGAGCAAAGAAGCUAGAGAUGCCGCUAGAGAUGCCCUGAAACAAAGACGGGAUGAUUUGAAAAUUCUAUCCCAGCCGAUUGAUCACUUACAGGGUGACAAGUUGCAACUAGUCUUGGAGAUGAGAGAAGAGAUAAAAAACAAAUAUAAACG